GGAUCGGCCUGCCACUGGGCCAUCACUUGACCUGACCACCAGUACCACCCCAUCAAUCGCCCUGACAACAACAACCUACUACGUAGCUGCUGGUGAUCCUUUGACUUGUUUGAACUGGUGGAAGGGACUAGCUAAACUUAUUUAUACCUCGGGAGGUCCCUUAGUUCUUGCAGCCGAGUACUCCACCAAUUUCUUUAAAGCACUGCAACAAAACAGCACUUGCUUAGUUCUAACCAUUCCCAUCUAUAUCAUCGGAGAACAUACGUCACACCUCACACCAUGGACACCAGCGCCAGCGCCAUCGACCAGACCCCUCUCUCCGCAUCCCCCACCGAGCGCCGUGAUUCGCUCGAGAAACACCUCCAGCAUCGCCCGGACGUCCAGGACCUGAAAGAACGACACAUCCUCCUCGACACCAAUGUGGCUCCAUCCCUCCAAGCCGCCCACCAGGACCUCGCCCGCCACCGCACGGCCGACGACCUGAAGAAGCACCUCGAGCACCGACCCGACCGCGAGGAACUCGUGGAGCGCAACAUCCUUCCCUCGUCGACCGCCGCCCCCGCCCUGCAAGCCAACGCCCGGGAGUUGGAGAAGCACAUGCUGGCCGAUCAUUUGGACCAGAAGAUCGGGGCCCGGCCGGCGCCGGAUGAGCUGAUCUCGCAGGGGAUCCUGACGGAGGAUGAGGAUCCGCGGUUCCCGACUGUUUAGUUGGGGGUGUGGUGCGGAUGCGGUAUGAUAUGAUUGAUGCUGGAUGGCGUUUGUUGAGUUUAGUUUGUAUUUCGCUCGUGUUGAGGUUUGUUGCGGGCGAGGCUGUACUGCUGCAGCAGUAGCAGGUAGUGCUAGUGCUAUUAUUAAGAUUAAUUUAUUCUUCGUAUUGUUCUGUUCAUACCCCU